AUGUUGCACCAUUCUGCCCAGCCCAUUCCUCUUCCCAUCUCGUACAGACCUACUCCCCCUCCUCGCAAAGAUCCUCGUAUUUUAUCCCCAGCUUCCAGUAAUCAGCCUUCCUCUCAACCCCUUCCUACUUCUGCUGCCCGCCUGUUCAACAAACGAUUUCCCAAGGACGCCCUCCGCCCGCCCGCGCCUUCCUCCAAUGCCGCAGCUUCCUCGUCCCCUUCUUCCUUCCUCUCUCCUCUCCCGCGCUCUCCCUCCAUCCCUAUGGCAGCCAGCCCCGUCUCCAUCCCAUCCCCCCUGCCAGGCGCGCCCUCCUUCCGCCAUCAUCCCACCGUUUCCUCCACUCGCUACAGCACGUCUCGCCGUUCGUCCUCGGCCUCAUCCAUCAUCGAGGACACCCUCGCACCAGGAGACUUCAUCGGCGAAGGCGUUCUUUUGCAAGGCUACCCUCUUACCCCACCCGCCGUUGCUAUAGAAUUGCAAGACAACAGCCCCGGUCUCGCGACGGAGUUCCAGGUCAUUCGCAAGCUGGGUACUGGUUCUUAUGCCGUCGUCUACCUCGUUCGUGAAGUUCUUUCGCGCACGACGCCCUCCGAGGACGGCCACUGCGGCACUCUAGAUCUCGCCGACGCCCCAAACGGCGAUAAGAGUUACGUGUCUUAUGGUCGCGAAUUUGCCCUUAAAUGUCUCAGUAAGGCAAAUCUCGACGAGGACGCCCUCACUGCGCAAUUAUCGGAGGUCAAGAUUCACCAGUCUCUCCGUCCUCAUCCCAAUAUCGUCACUCUUCAUCGCACACUCGAGACGCCUGCCUUCUUACUUCUCAUCCUCGAAUACGUCCCUGGAGAUGAUUUGUUUUACUUCCUCGAACAAGCUCGUGACCAUUACGAACCAACACCCCCUGCAGACGACGCGACCCCUUCACGAACGCCUCCAACACCGUCCCUCCUUGCUUCUCUUCACCCAGCCCAGCUCCUCAGCUUGACCCGCCUCCGGCUUAUCGCACGCAUGUUCGCUCAGAUGUGCGACGCCGUCGCAGCUUGUCACGAACAGGGUGUCUUCCACAGGGACAUAAAGCCGGAAAAUUUUAUCGUCACGGAUGGUUUCGUCAACGGCGAACGCCGUGUUGUCGUCAAACUAACCGACUUUGGACUGUCUACCACCGACGAGGACUGUUCGGACAUGGAUUGUGGGAGCGCGCCAUACAUGAGCUUCGAAUGUCGUAACAAUGUUGCCCCAACGUACAAGCCAGCAGCUGCGGAUGUGUGGUCAUUAGGUAUCGUCCUAAUCAACAUGUUGUACCACUACAAUCCCUGGACGGACACUGCUGAGGGCGUUUGUCCAUCUUUCACCCUCUUCAGACAACUAGGCACACCUUUCUUCAUGAACAGGUUCACUGGCAUGACCUCCACUGUCGCUGACUUCCUUGCUACUCGUGUCUUCCACCUUCCUCCAGCUGCUUCCUGGUCUACCACCUUGUCCUCUCCUCAGGCACCAGUCACCGCCAGAGAGUUCGGAGAGUGGGUCAAGGAUCUGCCUGCUCAUUUCGAUGUCUGUCAGUCAGCCUUGGGCGUUGGCGGUCCGUCGAGAUCUGGACACAAACGCGUCCUUUCCACGUCCUCGAUGACAAUUGGGCAUCCGUUGUCGUCUUGUCCACCCUCUCGGCGCCCUUCGUCGCGCGCAGGUCUCCGUACCCCAAUACUACAUCCAAGGAGCUUAUCUGUCUCGAGAGCACCCUCCGUCAGCGCAAGUGUCGUUGGAAGGGCUGUCGGCGCGUUGGAAACGGUAAUGGAUGCGGAUAUUGGAGAGGCAAGUGUAGAAGAGUUUGAAGGCGUGCUGGGUGGUGUCGAGAACUCUAUCGUAGAUGGAAAGCUUGACGGACAACGUAGAAACGACAAAGAUGGCGAGGGUGACUUCCUCGAAGAUGGUCGGAGCCGGUCAACCAGGAAACGAGGUAGGCGAGGAGCCAGGAAGAGUAAGAACGUCACUACCGGUGAGGAUGAGGUGGACGAGACACUCGAGGUUCUCGCGAACGCCUCGCAGACCCUUGCGAGAGAGAUCAGCAGAGCCUCCCGUUCGUCUUCACUUGCUAACCGCGCUGUCUCAGACGCCACGUCCACCUCUCCUACGCCUACGUCGAUCAUGCCUCCCAUGGUGAGGAAGGCGUCUAGGUGGCUCUCGUUCGGUAAGGGAGGGAAUAACGUAUCCCUAUCCACUGGCGUGGAAGAACCUGCCCCUGGUACUGCGAACAAUGUAGCGGAUUUGAUUAUGGGCCUUGCUGCUCCUCCUGCUGUGGCGCCCAGCGCGUCUGCCUCCGACACGCAGACUUGUUCGCAAUCAUCUGUCUCCCUGUCGUCUCUUUCAAGCACAUCCUUGUCGAGCCAACCUCAUCCACAAAGGCUCCGCCAGAACGUGUCCUCAUUAUAUUCUGGCCACUCCACUCACUCCGCGGUAUCGAUCCACUCAAUUGCAUCGCCAUACGCCCGCACGCCGUUGUCACCGCAACGUUCCCCUGCAGACGAUGCGACAACCUGGACGCGCGGGCGCGGACCUCAGGGACAACCUUACAACCCGAACACUUGGGGUCCGUCAGUUACCAAUCGCAGUGGUUAUGGUGGAUUACACGGGCCUACCUCUGGUUCUAGGGCCACGGGUGUCAAUGGAAAUGGAGUGUCGUCGAGCGCAUCUUCUGUUACGACCAACUCCGCGAAAUCCAACUGGCGGUCCUCUUUGUCAAGUACUGCGAGCUCCUCAAUGAGCGCAUUUACCAAAUAUAGCAAUUCGACCACGAGUGUGAGCACGAUGGCGACAAGCGUGUCAAGUGGAAGCUGGAGAGUGCCUAACGGGAAGCAAGAUGGGGCUGGUAUCAAAGGUGGGGUCGAGGGAAUUCCCAAAAAUCUCAAGAUCAUGUCUGGCGUACCAUGGGAACUCGAUCGGUUCCCGCGGGACCCAAUGAGCGACGACCUUGGUCAGCCACCUCAGCGCAAGGCGCGCACCCGCAAACCUAAAGACGCGUCCAAGCUUGACACGAUCAACGAACGACCCCUCGGUCCAAGCUUUGGAGCGGGUGUUUCUACUCACCAGAAGGCGAACUUACCCGUCGUCACUGUCGUUCAUGAGCGCCGGGAUGCUGCCACGUCCACGACGGACCUCCAUGGGACUGUCCGUGGCAACGCCAAUGAAUCACCCGAUCCUAGUGCCGGUACAGCUACAUCUCCUACCAAUGCCAACGUCGGUGGGAAUGACGGAACGACGCCGAAGAAAGUGCAGAAAGGCCAAAUCAAUGCUCUGGCGAAGAUGUUGUCCGCGUUGAGGAGGUGA